AUGACCGACCCGGAUCUAGACGGUCACUGGACUAAGGAUCGAAGGUUCAGGCAUCCUUGCCAAGUAGCUGGCUGUGGCAAAGCAGCACCAAUGAGAUUUGAUGCGGUUCAACUGUCAAAUAAGCUCUGCCCCACCCCUGACAAGUCCCGGAAAGAGCUGAACCAAGGAACCUUCUUGCCCGAGCCACCGGUGGCUGAUCUACGGGCGCCGCCAUCGAUGCUCGUGGAUGAUACCGGAUGCUCAAGCGAUGGACCAGCAGCAUACGUGUGCAUCCGCCGGCUCGGCAGCCUUCCCUCCCCGGUGCCACACUGGGAGUCACAGACAUCCUCGGCAGCUCUUGUCGCAGUGGCACAGUUGGGAGCUGAAUCGUCUGGCGUUUGGGGAACAAUUUGCGUUACCGUGAAAGCUGAGGAGUUGUCCAGGAUAGAGCGGGGUUCACGAGGCGUCUGCUGGAGUUACGUCAAUUUCCUGGGAGUGAUACAACCAAGCAGUGUCGGGAGUGGAAUCGAGGACAGGAUUGAAUGCUUCAGGCCAGGCAGACAGAUAUGGCAGUGGGGCAGUCGCAUUAGCUGUGCGCAUCACCGUGAAGAUCAUGGAGCCGGCGGAUCUGUUGUGACGACGACGCAGCGAGUGAGCGAUUCAGGGAAUGUGGAUCGGCGACAUUACCACCGCCAUGCCGUCUCAGAGAAAACGCCAUCAGUCCAAGUAAGGAGCUGA